AUGGACCACUCCGCCUUUCCCAGUCCCUUCUGCUACUGGGGCCAGACUUCGGACUCGAUCACGCUGCUCGUCGACCUGAAGAAUGUCUCGGAACCGAGCAUCGACCUGAAGGAGAAGGAACUGCAGUUCUACGCGGUGGGCAUCGGCGCCAAGGGCCUCAAUGAGUACGCCUUUCGGCUCAGCCUCUACUCGGAGGUGGUGCCCGAGAAAAGCUUCUACAAGAUCACCGAUCGCAAUGUGGAGUUUGUCCUCAAGAAGAAGCUGCUCAUUCUCUGGCCACGGCUGCUGGAGGCGGUGGCGAAGCCCGCCUGGCUCAAGGUCGACUUUGACCGCAUCAAGGCGGAGGACCUCGACUCCAGUUCCGACGACAGCGAGGUGGAGGAGCUGGCGGCCAACCGGGGCCUGCCCAAUCCGCGCAUUUACAAGGACCGCAACUUUGGCCGCGGGCGAAAGAACCGCGUGCAGGAGUUCAAAACCGCCUACCUCUUCCUCUACAACCUCUUCCAGUUUGUCGGCUUCAUCUACCUCUUCGUCAUCUUCAUCAUACACUUCUUCAAGGAAGGUCCGGAGACAAUCAAAACCAUCUACCCCUCGCUGCGAAACACCAUCAAGUUCCUCAACCUGAUGCAGAUCCUGGAGAUCGUCAACCCGCUGGUGGGCUACACCACCGGCAGCGCCCUCCUUCCGGCCAUCCAACUGUCCGGGCGGACCUUCUUCAUCUUCCUCCUCAUUGACCGGCAGGAGGAGAUGCAGGCCCAUUACGCCACCUUCUACCUGCUGCUGGUGUACACCCUCUCCGAGCUGCUCCGCUACCCCUACUACAUGCUGCACAUCUACAAGGUCAACAUUCGCCUGGUGACCUGGGUGCGCUACACCGCCUGGAUGCUCCUCUACCCGCUGGGCUUUCUCUUUGAGGCGAUCAUCAUCUACCGGAGCAUUCCGCUGCUGGAGGCCAGUGGCAAGCUGUCCAUAUCGCUGCCCAACGCCGCCAACUUUGCCUUCUACAUGCCCGCCUUUCUCUCGCUCUACUUCAACUGCGGCAUCUUCUUUC